CCUUUAAGGCGGCCGGCGCGGCGGAAGCGCGUGGCUGCACGUGGCCGCACCGGGCGCCCUCGGCGGAGCUGCGUGGCCAUGGACGUGGGCGCCGACGAGUUCGAGCAGAGCCUCCCUCUGCUGCAGGAGCUCGUCCUGGGCGCGGACUUCGUGGGUCUGGACAUAGAGUUCACGGGCCUUCGUUCUAACCAGUCCCGGCCCCAGCAGAUCAGCCUGUUCGACCUGCCCUCGGAGUGGUAUCUAAAGACCCGUCAGAGUGUUCAGCAAUUCACAAUCUGUCAGAUUGGAUUGUCUGUGUUUUCCAGUAUUGAAGGAGAGUCAAACAAGUAUGUAGCCCAUUCGUGUAACUUCUUUCUCUUCCCCACGACGUUUGGGGUUUUGGAUUCGGAGUUCUCUUUCCAGGCUUCCAGUGUCCAGUUUCUGAAUCAGUAUGGCUUCGACUACAACAAGUUUCUCAAAAACGGGAUCCCAUAUAUGAAUGAAGAACAGGAGAAGAAAAUCAAACACAACAUCCUGACCGGGAACUGGAAAGUUCGCAGUUCUCUGGAUAAAGACCAGAUCAAGGUGGUGAUUGAUGAGGUGACACGGUGGCUGGACCUGGCGGAGGAGGGCGACUGGAUGACUCUCCCUGGUAUUGCUGGCUUCCAGGCCUUUGAGAUCCAGCUGGUGCUGAGGCAGGCCCUCCCCAACAUCUGGACGGUCCUGAGAGACCAGGGGAUAAUAGUGAAAAAAGUGAGCAAACAGCAUCGCUGGUACCUUGAGAACACCUCCUGCGAUCGAGAGAGCUGUUGGAAGGAGAAGAUUCUUCUCUCCGCGAGGGGUUUUUCUGUGUUUUUCCAGAUGCUGGUGAAAGCCCAGAAGCAGCCCUUGGUGGGCCACAACAUGAUGACAGACCUACUGCAUCUGCACGAGAAGUUCUUCCGGCCGCUCCCAGAAAGCUAUGAUCAAUUUAAGCUGAAUAUCCACAACCUAUUUCCUGUUCUCAUUGACACCAAGAAUGUGACAAAGGACAUCUGGAAGGAACUGAAUUUCCCAAGGGUUUCAAAUCUCUCAGAAGUUUAUGAAGUCCUAAACAGUGACUUGAAUCCUACCAAAAAUUCCGGGCCAGUGAUUAUUCAUGCAAGCAAGUGCGAAAAAUACGCUGAGACCAAGUACCCCCACGAGGCUGCGUAUGAUGCUUUCCUCUGUGGCUCAGGUGGGUUGCACAUCACAGAAAUAAAGCGUGGCUUUGCAUGUUUUGAUAAGGGGAGCUGGUCGAGGCUGGACGUCUGUUACAUCUCUAGCAUUUUGUCCCCAGUUCUUCUGAAAGUGGCACAUUUGCUCCUGUGGAGAGUACAUGGAGCUGGCUCCCUGCCUGAGCUGUCCUUCCCUCUGUACCUCGAUGUGCUGGCUCCCUAUGUGAACCAGGUGAAUCUUAUCCGAGCCGGGGUCCCUAAGAUCAACUUUUCUGGUCCAGAUUACCCCAGUAUCCGACCUCCCAUCCUCCUCCUCAGCGUCCGGAGGUGGCCUGGGGUCAGCGAGCAGCAAGUGUAUCGUGAGUUUCAGAAUCUCUGCAAGUUCGAUGUCCGGCGACUGUCGCGGAGCCAGUUCCUGCUCUUGACCAAUAAGUUCAAGGACGCUCGGAGCAUCCUGAGGGAGUACCGGGGCCACCCCACCCUGCAGAUCUCCCUCUAUCGGUACUGGAGACACUCCCCCGACAUCAACUGCUUGUUACAGGUCUGUGGCGUGGUGGCCACCUGGGCCCUCCUCGCUCUCGUCCUUGGAAGACCUGACCCCUGAGCGUGGCCUGCAGCCUCUGUCCCAUCUCCCUGCCUCUCCGGGACAGCCGUCCGCAUGUCCGCAUGGGGCUCCUGUGGCUUUUGUGUAAAUCGUACCUUUCUCUGCAGACCGAUCUGUGGGGUCCUCAUGAGGAACUUUGUUUCAAAUGUGAAAUUGUGUAACUAUUAUCAACGAUAAAGAAAUCCUUAGAAGUGGAA